ACUCCGGCGGCGCCAUCCGUGAGCGGAAGCGGGAUUCGGCGUCGCAGCACAGCAGCAUCCGCGCUCGCGCACUUGAUCGAGGCCCUUGCCUUACUCUCACGGUUACGCCACCAGCGGUAAUUUCGCUUGACGGCACAAGUGAAAUGAAUAGGUGCCUUCGUGCUUUUGGCAUCUUGGGAAAUGUAGUCCACAGGCUCAACGACCAUCACGGUCCGAGAAGGGAGGGGCGGGGAGUAAAUCGGUCAUGGCCUUGAAACAAAAGAACAAAGAAGCCCUUCUUGUGCGCCGCGACGUUUCAGCCACGCAGCGCGUGAGUUUCGUCGCUUUGGUCGUGCCCGUUGCAUGUUGGGAACGGCAGGUCUCAUGACUCGGAUACGUCGACACAAAAUGACGGGACACACGUUGUACGUUCCCAUCAGGUCUGGGCCUCGCCCGAGCCUCGGCGUUCCAGGACGCCAAGCUUGCGGUGCAGCAGUAACCUUUAGAAGUAGGUGGCAGCCCAUUCAGCUGGUUACUGAUACUGGGUGGCGUCAGCUGACUGUCGGGAGUUCCUUGGACAAACUGUGUGUGAGAUGGGACGGACAUCGAAGGACAAGCGGGAUGUCUACUACCGCCUGGCCAAGGAGAAUGGCUAUCGUGCCCGUAGCGCCUUCAAGCUGCUACAACUUGAUGAAGAAUUCCAGCUCUUCCAAGGUGUGACACGGGCAGUUGACCUCUGUGCAGCCCCGGGCAGCUGGAGCCAGGUGCUAAGCCAGAAGAUUGGGGGCCAGGGGUCUGGCCACGUGGUGGCUGUGGACCUGCAGGCUAUGGCUCCGAUACCAGGUGUGUUACAGAUCCAGGGAGAUAUCACCCAGUUGUCCACUGCCAAGGAGAUCAUCCAGCACUUUGAGGGCUGCCCCGCGGACCUAGUAGUGUGCGACGGGGCUCCUGAUGUAACUGGCCUCCAUGACGUUGAUGAGUAUAUGCAGGCCCAGCUCCUCCUAGCCGCUCUGAACAUUGCUACACAUGUCUUGAAGCCAGGGGGCUGCUUUGUGGCCAAGAUAUUCCGAGGCCGGGAUGUGACACUCCUCUACAGCCAGCUGCGUGUCUUCUUCCCCAGCGUGCUCUGCGCCAAGCCCAGGAGCAGCCGGAACUCCAGCAUCGAGGCCUUCGCUGUCUGUCGGGGUUAUGACCCUCCUGAGGGCUUCACGGCGGACCUGACCAAACCCCUGCUGGACCACUCGUACGAUUUCAAUCAGCUAGAUGGUCCCACCCGCAUCAUUGUGCCUUUUGUGACCUGUGGGGACCUGAGCUCCUAUGAUUCGGACCAAAGUUACCCACUGGAUCUAGAGGAUGGCUCAGAGUACAAGUAUACCCCGCCCACGCAGCUCCCCAUCUCCCCACCAUACCAGGAGGCUUGCACGUUGAAGAAGAGGGGGCGACUGGCCAAGGAGAUCUGCCCCCAGGACUGCCCCAUCCGCAGAGUGGACACCUUGCCCCAGCCCCUGGCCGCCCCUCAGCCCCACACCCUGCUGGCCCCUGAGAUGGAAGACAAUGAAAUGAAUUGUUCACCUUAACCCAUUAAGCUGGCAUGGCAAUAAAACUCAGAAACUGCCUGCUAUCAGGAAAACCGGAACGUGGGUUGAUGAACUUGUUUUCAAAUAUCUCAUCAACGGGACCUGAAUGAACAAGCCCUGAGUAGGAAUCUGCAACAACCAGCACGAAGACAACAAGGAAGGAAACACUGCAGAAGUCUGUCUGUACUGCAAUGGGAAUUCUUGAAUGAGGUCUUACCGCUUCUCUAAACCUCCUCGGGGAUGUCCUGAUUACAUCUAGAGUUUCCCCUGAAAGCAGAGGUUCUUACCUGGAUAGAAGUCAGGGGUAUCCAUGAACUUGAGAGGAAAAUGUUACAUCUUUAUUUUCACUAAUGUACUGGCAAUGUAGCCUACUCCCAGUUGCAAAUGUUGGCAAUAAAUGGCAAUAGGAAAAGCAGUACCUGCAAUUUUCCCACCAAUACAGAUCUGUUAUUUUUAUGUGACAUUACAGAUGUUACAGGCAUCUUGAAAUAUUGUUCACAUUCAUCACCACUUGGAGUGAUAGUAGAUGUUAUAAUUUGGUGUACUAAUAAAGUAGCCCAUACAUUACUGCAUCUCAA